AUGAUGGACAUUGAGUGGCCCCCUGUGCAGACGCCACAAGCUUUCACUACAGAGACAAGAAUGAGAGCCUCCUCCGGCCACUGCACUCAGCUCCACACGGUCUAUCCUCCACCUCAUCUGCACCUUUCCACCGUAAAACUCAGUCUCCCGCCCAAAGACAUGUCUCUGUUCACAGAGGUGCCCCAGGCCCCGCCGGUGGCAGUCUUCAAACUCACGGCCGAUUUUAGAGACGACCCGCAUCCACAGAAGGUGAACCUGGGAGUCGGAGCGUACCGCACGGACGACUGCCUGCCCUGGGUGCUGCCAGUGGUGAAGAAGGUGGAGCGUCUGAUCGUGGAGGACACCAGCCUGAACCACGAGUACCUGCCCAUCCUGGGACUGCCCGAGUUCAGGUCCGCAGCCUCCAAAGUGGCUCUGGGAGACGACAGCGCCGCCAUCGCAGAGAACAGGGUGGGAGCAGUGCAGUGUCUGGGCGGGACCGGAGCUCUGAGGAUCGGGGCAGACUUUCUCCGACACUGGUACAACGGCACCAACAACACGUCCACUCCAGUCUACGUGUCCGCACCCACAUGGGAGAACCACAAUGGCGUCUUCGGUGACGCUGGUUUCAAAGAUGUCCGUCCGUACCAUUACUGGGACGCCAACAAGCGAGGCCUGGACCUGGAGGGACUGCUGGACGAUCUGGAGAAAGCUCCGGAGCAUUCCAUCUUUGUGCUUCACGCCUGCGCCCACAACCCGACCGGCACCGACCCCACACAGGACGAGUGGAAGAAGAUCGCAGAAAUCAUGAAGAGGAGGAACCUGUUUGUGUUCUUCGACUCUGCGUACCAGGGCUUUGCGUCCGGGAGCCUGGACAAAGACGCCUGGGCCAUCCGCUACUUUGUGUCUCAGGGAUUCGAGCUUUUCGUGGCUCAGUCUUUCUCCAAGAACUUCGGCCUCUACAACGAGAGAGUAGGGAACCUGACCGUCGUGGCCCGGGACAGUGAUAAUCUGACCCGGAUCCUGUCCCAGAUGGAGAAGAUCGUCAGGACGACGUGGUCCAACCCUCCGUCUCAGGGCGCACGUGUCGUCAGCAAGACUCUCAACUGCCCCGAGCUCUUCGCAGAAUGGAAAGACAACGUGAAGACUAUGGCGGACAGAGUUCUGCUGAUGCGGGACCAGCUCCGCUCUAAACUCAUCGCUCUGGGGACUCCUGGAACCUGGGACCACAUCACGGCUCAGAUCGGAAUGUUCAGCUUCACCGGCCUCAACCCCAAACAGGUGGAGUACAUGGUGAAGGAGAAGCACGUGUACCUCAUGACCAGCGGUCGCAUCAACAUGUGCGGACUCACCUCCAAAAACAUCGACUACGUUGCCCAGUCCAUCCACGACGCCGUCACCAACAUCCAAUAA